GCAAGAAAAGUUUGCAAAACAUUUGUAACUGCGGUCAUAUGUGACCACUAGAUUAAUUAUCUCGACUGAAUUUUGUUGAUAUUAUGCUGUGUUGUGUUGUGGCCACUUUGUUAACCUGGCAGACUCGCCUCGUAGGCUUGUGUUAAUUAAGUUAGAAGCUUUGCUAUAGCUGCUGGCUACAGACCCCGAUGGCUACUGGCUCUACCGUCGAUGGCUGGACCUGAAUAUCACGAUGGGCAGUGGCAGUCGGUCUCGCUCCCCUGGGAGUGAUCGAAGAGACAGAUAUAGGCGGAGUCAUGAGAGAGAGCGAAGUAAUAGACAUGACAGAGAAAAAGAAAGAGAUAGAUAUCAAAAGUAUAACAGGAGAAGUGGAAGUCGAGACAGAAGUCAUAGUAGAGAAAGAUAUGUGAGGGAAAAAACAAGAGGUUGGAACAGAGGUCGGAAUCGUUGGCACACAUAUCAUCCGAAAAAUGAAAGAUAUCAUCGAAACAGGGAUCAUAUGAGAGGUGAUAGACGAAGAUAUGGAAGAGAUUACUCUAGUUCUGAUGAUGAACAUCAAAGUUGGGAUAGGUAUAGAGGCAGAGAUGAACGAUUUAGGCACAGAGGUAGAAUUUGGGACAGAUAUGGAAAUAGAAAUAGGAUGGACAUGAUGAAUAGCCGUAAUGUACGGUCAGAAAGAUAUUACAAAGAAUACUCUCCAGAAAGAACUAGCAGAUCAUCACGCUCCCCAGAUCGCAGAAGUCGAAGAACUAAUAGAAGGUCAAGAAGAAGCUCAUCUACUAGUGACUCAAGCAGUGACAGUUCAUCUAAUGAAGACACAAAGAAAAAGAAGGAAUCUGAUGACAGUGAUGAUUCAUCAGAUGAAGAUGCAAAGGUUAAGAAGGCACAUUCAAGUACUACUGAUUCUUCUGCUGACGAUACAGAUGUUGCAAAGAAAUCUGACAGUAGUGAUAAUGAAUACUCAAAAAAAUAUGACAGCAGUGAUCGUGAGCAUUCAAAGAAACGUGACAGCAGUGAUCACGAACGUACAAAGAAAUUUAUUCGCAGUGAUCGUGAACAUUCAGAAAAACGUGACACAAGUUAUCAUGAAUAUACAAGGAAGAAGCAUGCUAAACCAAGUAAAUCUACAGAAGGGAAAACUGAAAAAAAGAAAUUUGAAAAGGACCUUGAAAAGAAAUCCCUGAAAACUUCAAAUUCAGAGGCUGGUGUAAAAGAUAUUGAAGGAAAAGUAUUUCAUAAAGUGUUAAAAAAGAAAGUGAGCAAGAGUUCUUCAGAUAGUGAUAGUAGCUCUGAAGAUUCUGAGCCGGAAAAAAGUUCUGAAACUAUAUCUAAACGGAAUAGAACCAAUAGGAGUUCUUCUAGCUCUGAUUCAGACAACUCUGAACCUGAAAAGCCUAAAAAAAAAUUGAAUAUUCGAAAAUAUGACAGACCAGAAAUCUCCGAGCCUGAAAAAAUGGUGAAGGAAUCGGAGAAAAAGAAAGCCUAUGUUAUUGAAACAAGUUCCAGAAAAGCUAAAGUCGAAAGAGCUUCGAGUAAACUUCCAGAUAAGAGGAAAGAUAGUGAAAGUUCAGAUACUGACACUGAAAUCUCAAAUCCUGAAAUAACUGAAAAAUUUACAACAAAAAAAGUAGGUCCUGUGAAGGCCUCAGAAAAGUUGAGAGAGAAAAGGGCAGGCCCUGAAAAGAUAACGGAAAAAUUAACAGAGAAAAAGGUAGGUAUUGAAAAGGUAACAGAAAAAUUUACUGAGAAAAAGACAGUUGCUGCAAGGAUAACUGAAAAAUUUAGAGAGAGAGAGACUGGUCUUGAAAAGAUAACAGAUACAUUGACAGAGAAAAGAACAGGUCCUGUGAAAGUAAAAGAAAAAUUAACAGGUCUUGAAAAGGUAAAAGAAAAAUUGACAGGUCCUGAAAAAAUAAAAGAAAAACUGACAGACCCUGAAAAGGUAACAGAGAAAUUGACAGGGAAAAGGACGAAUCAUGAAAAAGUAAUUGAAGAACAGACAGAAAAAAAGGCAGGUCCUUUAAAGGUAACACAGUAUUGUUCAGAGAAAAGGGCACUACCUGAAAAUGUAACAGACAAGUUGAUAGAGAAAAUGGCAGGUACUGACAAAUUUACUGAUAAAAAGACAGAUCAUCUAAAGGUAACAGAACAAAUGGCAGAGAAAAAAACAAGUUUUGAAAAGGUAACUGAAAAAGUAGCAGAGAAGAAGGUAGGUCCUGAAAAAGUAACAGCCAAACUGGUAGAAAAGUUGGUAAGACCUGAAAAGGCAACAGAAAAAUUGAGAGAGAGAAAGACCGGUCCUGAUAAAGUAACAGAAAAAUUGAGAGAAAAAAAAACAGAUUUUGAAAAGGUAUCGAAAAAAUUGACUGAGAAAAAGGAUGACCUUGAAAAGGAAACAGAAGAAAUGGCUGAGGAAGAGUCAGGUCCAGAAAAGGUACCAGAAAAAAUAGAUGAGCGAGAGUCGGGUCCUGAAAAGCUAUCGACAAAAUUGGCAGAGCAAAAGGCAGGCCCUGAAAAAGUACCAGAAAAAUUGGCAGAACAAAAGGCAAGCCCUGAAAAGGUACCAGAAAAAUUGGUAAAACAAAAGGUAGGCCCUGAAAAGGUACCAGAAAAAUUGUCAAAACAAAAGGCAAGCCUUGAAAAGGUACCAGAAAAAUUGUCAGAACAAAAGGCAGGCCCUGAAAAGGUACCAGGAAAAUUGUCAAAACAAAAGGCAGGCCCUGAAAAGGUACCAGAAAAAUUGGCAGAACAAAAGGCAGGCCCUGAAAAAGUACCAGAAAAAUUGGCAGAACAAAAGGCAAGCCCUGAAAAGGUACCAGAAAAAUUAGCAGAACAAAAGGAAGGUCUUGAAAAGAUACCAGAAAAAUUGGCAGAGGAAAAGACAGGUCCUGAAAAGGUACCAGAAAAAUUGGAUGAACAAAAGGAAGGUCCUGAAAAAGUACAAGAAAAAUUGGCAGAGCCAAAGGAAGGUCUAGAAAAGGUGCCAGAAAAAUUGGGAGAGCCAAAGGAAGGUCCUGAAAAGGUGCCAGAAAAAUUGGCAGAGCCAAAGGAAGGUCCUGAAAAGGUACCAGAAAAAUUGGCAGAGCCAAAGGAAGGUCCUGAAAAGGUACCAGAAAAAUUGGCAGAGCCAAAGGAGGUUCCUGAAAAGGUACCAGAAAAAUUGGCAGAGCCAAAGGAAAGUCCUGAAAAGGUACCAGAAAAAUUGGCAGAGCCAAAGGAAGGUCCUGAAAAGGUACUAGAAAAAUUGGCAGAGCCAAAGGCAGGUAGUGAAAAUGAAAAAGACAAAUUUAAAGAUAAGAAGGCAUGGCCUGAAAAAAUAAUUGAAAAGGUACCUGAAAAGAUACAAAAAAAAAUUACAGAGAAAAAGAUAGGCCUUGAAAAGGUACCUGAAAAUUUGACAGGAAAAAAGGCAGGUCCUGGAAAGUUUACUGAGAAAAAGACUGGUUUUGAAAAGGUGCCUGAAAAAUUGAGAGAGAAAAAAUCAGGUCCUGAAAAAGUAACAGAAAAAAUGACGGAUCAAAGCUCUGAUAAAUGUAAUUCUGGUGAUAAAAUUGCAAUGAAAAAAAGUGAAAGCUCAAACGAUAAUCCUGAAGCAAUAAUAGUCCAGAACUUAGCUCGUGAAGAGUCAGAUAAGAGAGGUGAGAGUUCUGCUUGCAAUGUUAACAAUUUAGAACCUGCAAAAAGAUCACAGGCACUUGUAAAAUCUGUAGAUGGAAAAUCUGAAUCAAUCCAAGAUAAAAAUAGUCUAGAAGAAAUCGGUAAUGAAAAUCAGAGAGAAUCUGGUGAGGACACUGAUAGUGAUGAUGCUGAAGUUGAGAGAAAUAGUCAUAAACAUUCAAGUAAGAAUAAUGGCAGUGAAUGUAUGGAAUCAGAUAGUAAACACCUCAGGGUUUCUGAUAUCCCAAAAGAAAAAGAAAAAGAACUUCGUGCAGGUUUAAAUCUUGGAGGUAAUUUAGUAGAAGACAUAUCCAGUACUGGAAGGACACCUGAGCUAAGUGUCAAAUCACUCUUGGAUCAUGGUACUUGCAAGAUUUUACAUAAAACUGAUAAAAAAUUGGAAGGGAAAGUAAUUGGAAAAUCUGUUUCUAGAGAAGAUGAUUUAAAUUCCAAGGAACAGUCUAAUAGAAAGAAUGAGAAGAAAAUAGAGACAGAUCCUAAUAUUGAGAGAGAUGAUGUUGCCAUCUCAGAGCGAAAAGUGUUGCCAGGAAGAAAAAGAAGUACAGCUCAACCUUUGGAAGAACAGAAGGUGGGAUCAGGUACUGACAACGAGUGUCAUGGAGUCCCCCCCAAAAUUGCCAAGAAGGGAGGUGGCAAAUCUGAGAGUAACAAAAAUGAAAGUGGUGGAAAAAGUAAAUCAAAAAUGCUCAAAAAAGGUUCUGAACCAGAUGAUCGCAGGAAGAAAAAGAAACAUAAGAAGCAUAAGAGCAAAAAAUCUUCCAGUACUAGUGAAAGUGAUGAGAACAUAAAGGAAGAUAGAUCAAGAGUAUAUGACAGUGAUGAAACAACUGAACAAGAGUUGUUAAGGAAAAAAAAGCAGUUAGAAGAACAGUUGCAAAUAGAAGAAGAAAUUCGCCAAAGAAGUGAAAAUCUAGAGAGAGAGAAAGAUGCUCUCCUUAGUAAGAAGCUCAAAACUCUGGAAAGCAGCUCUAAAGGUACAAGCCCAUCACAAACCAAAGAAAGUGCUAGCAAGGACAAAAAAUCUCGCUCUCGGUCACGUUCCAAUUCUAACAGUAGAUAUGAUGCACAAAUUGAGGACAAAAAAAGUAACAAUGCCAAUGAUGAUAAAAUCGCCAAGAAUGAUAAAAGACCAAGAUAUCAUAGCUCAGAGGAUGAAGAUUCUACUAGGGAGCAGGAUUCUGAAGAACCACAGAUUGGAGGGCGAUACUGGGGAGAGGACCACAGUAAGGAAGUCCCGCGACAGCCUAAAGGUAAGCAGCUGAAAACAAGUGACACUUAUUGGAAUAAAUAUGCUGACAAACUAGGCAUUCAGAUUGAGGAUCCAAGAGGCAGAGGGCAAGGACUAGAAAGAGGAAAAAAUAGAGAUAGAAGUGAUGAAAGGAGGAAAGAGAAUGAGCAGCAAUACAAAAAGAAUAGUGAUGAAGACGAGGUCAGAAAUGUUAAAAGACGGAAAGAUGACCUUGAUGUUACAGACAAAAAGAAUGAAAGUAAAGACCCUAAACCAUCAACUAAGGAGCUAAUAAAAAAACCAGUAAUGGACCCAUUGACAACCAGGACUGGUGGUGCCUAUAUUCCCCCAGCAAAGUUGAAGAUGAUGCAAGCACAGAUCACAGAUAAGUCAAGUGCUGUUUUCCAGAGAUUGGCAUGGGAAGCACUUAAAAAGUCUAUUAAUGGUCUUGUUAAUAAAGUUAAUGUUUCAAACAUAGGUAUCAUUGUACGAGAGUUGCUUCAGGAAAACAUAGUCCGUGGAAGGGGUGUAUUAUGUAGAGCCCUCAUGCAGGCUCAGUCAUUCUCACCAACAUUUACUCAUGUUUAUGCUGCUAUGGUUGCUAUUAUAAAUAGCAAGUUUCCACAGAUUGGUGAAUUGUUACUAAAACGUUUAGUAAUUCAGCUAAGACGCGGCGUUAAAAGAAAUGAUAAAAAUGUGUGCAUGUCUUCUUGUCGCUUUAUUGCGCAUCUUAUUAACCAACAAGUUGCUCAUGAAGUUGUGGCUUUAGAGAUUCUAACAUUCCUACUUGAGAGAGCUAAAGAUAUUACUGAAGAAUCAGAAGUUGCAGAGAAAUCAAGAAAUGAUUCAUGUGAACUAGCUAUUACUUUCCUUACAGAGUGUGGCAUGAAGUUAAAUGAAGUCAGUCCUCGGGGAAUGAAAAUUAUAUUUGAAACAUUAAGGCAUGUGUUGCAUGAAGGUAAAUUAGAGCAACGUGUUGCAUACAUGCUAGAAGUUAUAUUUGCCAUUGUUAAAGAUGGGUUCAAAGAUCAUCCCUCUGUCCUAGAAGAAUUGGAUCUUGUUGAAGAAGAUGAUCAGUUUACACAUAUUGUGGAGUUGGAUGGAAAAUUGGAUGGUCAAGAAAUCCUUAAUGUCUUUAAACAUGACACAGAAUAUGAAGAGAGUGAAGAAAAGUACAAAGAAAUUCGUGCUGGUAUCCUUGGGGAGGAUAGUGAUGAAAGUGGUUCAGAAGGAGGGUCAGAGAUUGGUUCUGAUAGUGAUGAAGGAACUGAAGAUGAAGAUGAAAAGCAAGAGGCCCAGACCAUUAUUGAUCAGACCGAGACAAACAUGGUGGCAUUCCGUCGCACGGUGUAUCUCACUAUACAGUCUUCAUUGGAUGUAGAUGAAUGUGCCCACAAACUUCUUAAGGGUGAAAUCAAGCCAGGAUGGGAGACUGAAUUAUGCAACAUGAUUCUGGAUUGCUGUGCUCAACAACGAACAUACAUAAAGUUCUAUGGUCUUUUGGCUCAACGUUUCUGUAUGAUCAAUAAGGUUUAUCAGGAACCUUUUCAACAGAUCUUCAAGGAUGCUUAUGACACAUGUCAUCGUCUUGAGACAGAAAAACUUCGCAAUGUGGCUCGACUCUUUGCUCAUUUACUAUUUUCAGAUGCAAUUUCUUGGGAGGUUUUGAGUCAUAUUCGCUUAAAUGAGGACGAAACAACUAGCUCUUCACGAGUCUUCAUUAAAAUUCUUUUCCAAGAACUUGCAGAGUUUAUGAGUUUAGCAAAACUUAAUGAGAGACUGAGGGAUCCAACUCUUGCCGCAGCUUUUGAGGGCUUGCUGCCAAGAGACAACCCACGAAAUACUCGCUUUGCAAUCAAUUUCUUUACAUCAUGUGGUUUAGGAGGCCUUACUGAUGGACUACGAGAAUUUCUACGUACUCAACCAAAGCCAACGGCUGUAGUGGCACCUGUGCAGCAGCAGUUAAAUAAAAAUGAUAGUAACAAGAGUGAGAGUGAUAGCAGCAGUGAUAGUAGCAGUGAAAGUGACAGCAGCAGUAGCAGCAGUACCAGCACUAGUAGUAGCAGUAGUAGCUCCAGCAGCAGCAGCAGUUCAGAGAGCUCUUCAGAAAGUAGCAGUGAUAGUUCUGAUUCAUCAAGUGAGUCAGAGGAUUCAUCUGAAGAUGACAGGAGAAAAAAGAAGAACCUGAAGAAGAAAGAAACUAAGAUUAAAAGUGUGUCCAGCAAAAGCAAAUCUAAAACAAACAAGAAGGGUGAAAGAUCUGGUGAUAAAUCCAUUAGCAAGAAAAUGAGUGAUAGUGAAGAAGAGCAAGCUUUUGUAAGGUACAGGGAGGAAGAUUUAGAUGACAUUAAAGAGAGAGACAGAGGGGAGAGGUGGAGGAAUAUUGAGGAUUGGAGCAGAAGACGAGAGGGUAGUAGUGAAAGCGGAGAUAGACAGAAAGACGACAGAUAUGAAAGAGAUGAAAGGAAAAAGAAUCAUGCAUCUUCAAGAGAGAGAAAGGAAGGUGAAAAUACAGAAAAGAGAGAGAGGCAUAGGGAUGAUUAUGAAGGAGACAGAAGAGGAACAAAUAACGAUCACACUAGAUCAGAGGCUAGGAAAAGAGUGGAAGACCAAGAUGCAGGAUAUCAACGAAAAAGAGAAAAUAAGGACGAAAUUAAGAGUCGUGAGAGUAAUGAUGAAAAUGACCAAGAGCUUAGAGAUGAUGAUGAUGGUGAUAGGGUAGAAAAAAGAAAGAAAAGACACGAGAGCCCGGAAAGAGAUUCAAAGAGAAAGAGAAGUGAUUUUGAAGAGAUGGCAAAGGAUGAUGAUAAAGUUACAGAACGUUGGAAGCAACGAGAACAUGGGAGACAAAUUGAAGCUGGAGACCACAAAGAGUGGAAGGGACAAAGGGAAGAAAUAAGAGAGAGAGAAAGCUAUCAUCCACGGGAUGGGGAUUGGAGGAAAGAAAAAAAAAAUCAUAACCAAAGAUCAGAGUGGCAGUGAUGGACGAAGAGGAUGGGAGAAAUCCAGAUACCAUUAAGUUCAACUUUUAAUAUAAACUUGGUACCAAGUGACUCUGCUCUUAAAGUACAGUAUGAGCGUAUGGAUGAUGUACUCUUUAUAACAAAAUUUGAUAUACAGAUACAUACUGUAUGUAUAUAUAUACAUAUGUAUGUGUGUUUAAUCACAAAGAAAUUAACACUUGAUGAACAAUGUGACAGUGUCAGACCACGAAGGAAGGAUUAAGACAGAAAUUUCCUUAAAGUACUUUUGUAUUUAAUAAUACUUUUUCAGAAGGAUGGAUUUACAAUUCAGUGGUGUGGUUUUAUAGGCAGGAAUAAGGUGAGGUAAGAAACGAUAAUGAGAUAAAAGGAUAUUAAUAAGGUAUUAAAUAUGUAUCAGUGAUAUUAUUUGAAUAAUUUUUUAACUGAGCAGUCAAAAAUUAUAGAAACCACUACUAGUGUUCAAAUUAUAUGAUUUUGUAAUCUGUAUUAAAGCCGAUUCAAUAAUGUUUCUUUGAAAAUGACUUUACAAUUUGUUAUUGAAGAAGCCCCCUCUCAGUCAAUUUGGUGAAAACUUUCUGACAAAUGAAAGUUUUCAUUCAUUUGUCUUUCAUUUGUCAGAAAGUUCUCACCAAAUUGAUUGGGAGAGGGCUUCUUUAAUAUCGAAUUGUAACAUUUUUUCAAUAGAAAUAAUAUUGAAUUUAAUACAGAUUACAAAAUCAUGGAAUUUGAACCUAGUAGUGGUUUAUAUAAUUUAGAACCAUUUUUAUUGAUCAGUUCAAAAACGAUUUGAGUAAGAUCAUUGAUACACAUUUAAUGCCUUAUUAAUAUCCUCUUACCUCAUUAAAGGCAUUGUUUCUCGCCUCACCUCAUUCCUACCUAUAUAUCCACACCACUGAAUUGUAAAUCCUUCCUUCUAAAGAUGUAUUAUUAAAUACGAAAGAUCUUAAGGAAAUUCCUGACCAAAUCCUUCCUUCGUGGUAUGACAUUGUCAUGUAUGUAUGUAUGUAUAAUCAUACCUAAUAACCAGAGCUGGCUUGGCAACCUGAAUUUAUGUAAACAUUAAAUUUUUAUUAAAUUGUAUAUUAAUUAUUCAUAGAUAUUUUAAUUUGAAGAGACAAAAAUAUUUUUAAUUUGACAUGCUAACCUAACAUAAAUAUUCCUAUUAUUACAAAACUCCUGACAUAGGUAGGACUAAGCCUAAAUAAAUUAGAAAUUAAUCUUUUCAAUAUUACCUCUUCAUUAGACACUAUUCUUUGUAGCAAUUUAAGAAAAAAAGUGCUUUGGUUACAAGUCAAAAUGGAUCCUGACUAUUAGGCCUUGUACUGUAGUGCAGUUCUGGCUAUUAGGUACUGUGUGUGUGAUUAUAUAUAUAUUUGUUUAUUUUAAUACAUGCAUAAACACACAGUACUCAUCAAAAGUAUGCACCACCCUGCUCAACAUAGCGCAUACCUAUAGAACAUAAAAAAUUAUGGUCUUGUGGUUGGAAGAUUGUAAACAGACGUAUGCGCUGGGCACAUGUCAUUGUGGUGUGCGCUACCAAGGUGGUAGCGCAAGCGAACAGUUAUGUUGCUCAACUCGCUUUGGCACCAUGCUGUGUUUUAUUACAGAUAACAGUGCUCUUGAUGGUAUUGUUCUUUUGGCGCCUAUCAAGGAACUAAGCAGAGAAAUCAUUACUCAGAUCAAUGCUUUAAAGAAAGCAGGCUACCAAAUUAAGGACAUAAGUUAAUUGGUGGAUGUAACCAAGUUGACAUGAAGCAUUGUGUGCAUUUCCAAGGGGAAAAAUGAUGGUGACAUGAUAUUACAGAAACAUUGGUCUGAUCAUCCCAGGAAGAUGGCUCCAAGAUCUGUGAACGUUCUAAAAUGUUCAUUGGAGAAUAGUUUCCUUCAUGUUACAGCAAGGAUUGGCCUUGCUGUAGAUGCAUACAUAGUUACCUACACUGUGUGUGUGUGUCUUAUGUAUGUAUGUGUGUGUGUGUGUGUAUGUAUGUAUGUAUGUAUGUAUGUAUGUAUGUAUGUAUGUAUGUAUGUAUGUAUGUAUGCAUGUGUAUGUGUGUGUGUG